AUGACCGAACUGCAAUCAUACAAAGGCUACUAUCUUUGGCACUACGUUCCCUCUAAGGCCGCUGCAGUAAUAUUCGCCCUUCUCUUCUUGGCCGCUACUCUCUACCACGUCUGGAAGAUAUGGCGAAUGAAGACCUACUUCUGCACAUGUUUCGCUCUCGGAGGAUUCUUUGAAUUCGUUGGUUACUGCGCGCGAGCAUCUGCCCACGACAAGACCGGCCGAAUGAUGCCGUACUGCAUCCAAAGCGUAUUCAUCUUACUGGGACCUGCGCUUUUUGCCGCUACAAUCUACAUGGUCCUAGGUCGUAUCAUCCGCGCCGUCAGAGGAGAACAAUACUCGCUUAUCCGCAUCAACUGGCUCACAAAGGUGUUUGUUACCGGGGAUGUGUUGUCUUUCGUGGUCCAAGGAGGAGCUUCUGGGAUGAUGGUCCAAAGCUCCCUGGCCGAUCUAGGGAACAAGAUUGUCGUCGGCGGCCUCCUCAUCCAGGUCGUCAUGUUCGGUCUUUUCCUUAUCACGGCGAUUGUCUUCCAGAGUCGGAUGCGGCGGCACCCAAGAGGUCUGUCUACCUCUGUUGACAUUCCCUGGAAGUCCCACUUGCGUACUCUACACGUUGUGGGUCUCCUCAUCAUGAUUCGGUCAGUGUUCCGCGUGGCCGAAUUUGUUAUGGGCAAUGAUGGUUACCUAUUGAAACACGAGUGGACUUUGUAUGUGUUUGAUGCAGUCCUGAUGUGGAUUGUGAUGGUCGUGUUUGCGUACAAUUAUCCCGGAGACAUUAGCACUUCCCUACAGUCUCUGGACAGCGUCGGUCUUUGUGACAUGGAUCCGAAGCCCUGA